GUUUUUUUUUAAAAAAAGGGAACGAGGCCAUUGAAGCAGUUUCUUAAUCACGAGUGUGUGUGUCUAUAAAUGUACACACCAUCUCCUUUCUCCAGAUUUUCUCUCCACUCUCUCAUCUCAAAUCUCUCAACACACAAAACCAACAAUAACCAAUCUUCUUCCGAUGACGCAUCUCAACAAAAAACAGAGGUUAGAGAAGAACCAUAACCAUUUCGACGACUUACAUGACGAUCUCAUCAUCUCUAUCCUCCGUAAACUCGCUUCCUCCGCUUCUUCUCCUUCCGAUUUCCUCACCGUACUCUCCACAUGCAAGAGAUUGAAUCGGUUAGGUUUACAACCUCUGGUUUUAUCAAAAGCCGGUACUCAAACCCUAGCCGUCACGGCGGAGAAAUGGUCAGAUUCUUCUCAUAAAUUCCUCAAACUCUGUGUUAAUGCCGGAAACAUCGACGCUUCUUACGCUCUCGGAAUGAUCCGAUUUUACUGUCUUCAAAAUCCAGUGAGCGGCGCGUCUUUAAUGGCUAAAGCCGCGAUUAAAUCUCACGCGCCGGCGCUUUAUUCGUUAUCGGUGAUUCAGUUUAACGGAAGCGGCGGUUCAAAAACCGAUAAGAACCUACGCGCCGGCGUUACUCUUUGUGCACGCUCUGCUUAUUUAGGCCACGUCGAUGCGUUACGAGAGCUUGGUCACCGUCUUCAAGACGGUUACGGUGUUCCUCGUGACGUCUCUGAAGGUCGUCGUCUUUUGAUUCAAGCUUACGCGCGUGAGCUCGCGUGUUCUCUACGCUCUUACCUCUCUCUGAAAUAUGGAGACGAGAUCUUAACUGAUUUAAGCGUGGUUCCGGUUCAGGAGAUUCAUCCGGUUUACCGGUUUUUGAAGGAGUGGUUUAGUUCGGGUCGGGUUGAUUUAUCGGAAGGGUUAAGGAUGUGUUCGCACGGUGGUUGUGGAAGGCCGGAGACUCGGGCUCAUGAGUUCCGCCGAUGUUCUGUUUGUGGGAAGGUGAAUUAUUGCUCACGUGGUUGUCAGGCGUUGGAUUGGAGAGCCACGCAUAAGAUUGCAUGUACGCCCUUGGAUUUGUGGAUUGCGGUACCGGCGGAGAUUGGCGUCGACGGUGAAGCGGUGGCGGUGGAGAUUGAUGAUAAUCAUGGUGAGCGGUAACGGCUCUGACGCUUUUUAAGUAAAUGACUAAAAUGCCAACAGUUUCUUUGACUGUUGAGUUUUUUUUGAAAAUUCUUAAUUAAUUAGUUUGGGCGUUUCUGAAUUCUCUGAUACUAAAAUGACAUGUUAUUUUAAAUAAUAUAGUUUUUUUUUCCUUACA